CCUUUGUCAACGGUCCACUACACGCGCGCGUGCCUCUGGGGUGGACUUCAUUGCGCGCCUGUAGUCCUUUCCCAAAGUCUUCCGGAGUAGACGCGCGCUCACUUCUCACUUGCACAGCGCAGUAGCUCUCGACUUUUCACCGUGCGCUCGCGAGUCACCGGACACCGCUGUCACUUACCUCGGGACACCAGGAUUCCCCGAGAUAACGACGUAUUUUGUGUCAGUGGCGAUGGUGAUUGACAGAUGAUCUGACAGAGGAAGACUUCAGACGCUGUCUCCGUGCUGGUUAUUAUGGGGUGUGCCUGUUGCAAGCAGAAGAAGUCCGCCAAAACAGCAGCAGCAACAUCAGCAACAGUAGACGUUACAGAUCUGUCUCCUAGCAACGCAGAUGGAGGGUUGUCCGCGGCCUUGACUCAGGGCCGUUACUGUCCUGACCCCACUCAGACCAUCCCAGACUUUAACAAGGGCUUCUCAUCCAGUACCAUCUUCCCCAACACCAACACACACCAGCGGCCUGGAGGCGUAACAAGUGGUGGAGUCACUCUCUUUAUAGCUCUGUAUGACUACGAUGCUCGCACUGAAGAUGACCUCACGUUUCAGAAAGGAGAGAAAUUCCAGAUCAUCAACAACACAGAGGGUGACUGGUGGGAGGCUCGCUCUUUGGACACAGACCACACAGGUUACAUCCCCUCCAACUACGUAGCUCCUGUCGACUCCAUACAGGCUGAAGAGUGGUAUUUUGGGAAGAUGGGGAGGAAGGAUGCGGAGAGACAGCUGUUGGGCCAUGGCAACCAGAGGGGAACUUUCCUCAUACGAGAGAGUGAGACCACCAAGGGUGCUUACUCGCUGUCUAUCCGUGACUGGGACGACAACAAGGGAGACCACGUCAAACAUUAUAAGAUCCGCAAACUAGACAAUGGUGGCUACUACAUCACCACAAGAUCACAGUUUGAUACUGUGCAGCAGCUGGUAGAGCACUACACAGAGAGAGCAGCAGGACUGUGCUGCCGUUUGAUUGGCAGCUGUAAGCGGGGCAUGCCUAAGCUGGCCGAUUUAUCAGUGAAGACCAAGGAUAUGUGGGAGAUUCCCCGUGAAUCCCUCCAGCUGAUUAAGAAACUGGGCAACGGCCAGUUUGGAGAAGUCUGGAUGGGCACUAAUGAUGGGCUGUGUUAUUACCUGACCAAGCCCUGUCUCAACUCCACCCCGCUCACCAUGGGCCUUGGGCGGGACGCCUGGGAGGUGUCCAGGGAAACGCUGUCCAUGCAAAGGAAGCUGGGACAGGGCUGCUUCGGGGAUGUUUGGAUGGGCAUGUGGAACGGUACCACCAAGGUAGCGGUGAAGACUCUGAAGCCAGGAACCAUGUCCCCUGAGGCCUUCCUGGAGGAGGCUCAGAUCAUGAAGAGACUCCGUCAUGACAAGCUGGUUCAGCUCUAUGCUGUUGUGUCUGAGGAGCCCAUCUACAUUAUUACCGAGUUCAUGAGCCAAGGAAGUUUGUUGGACUUCUUAAAAGAUGGGGAGGGGCAGAGUCUUAAGCUGCCUCAACUGGUGGACAUGGCUGCACAGAUUGCAGCUGGAAUGGCGUACAUUGAGAGGAUGAACUACAUCCAUCGUGACCUGCGAGCAGCUAACAUCCUUGUCGGAGACAAUCUGGUGUGCAAGAUCGCUGACUUUGGCCUGGCUAGACUCAUUGAGGACAACGAGUACACAGCCAGACAAGGGGCAAAGUUCCCAAUCAAGUGGACGGCUCCAGAAGCUGCAUUGUAUGGACGCUUUACCAUCAAGUCAGAUGUCUGGAGCUUUGGCAUCCUACUAACUGAACUCAUCACGAAGGGACGGGUGCCAUACCCAGGCAUGAACAACCGUGAGGUGUUGGAGCAAGUGGAGAGAGGCUACAGGAUGCCCUGUGCCCCGGGCAGCCCCGCCUCGCUCCAUGAACUGAUGCUGCAGUGCUGGAGGCGUGAGGCUGAUGAGAGGCACACUUUUGAGUACCUGCAGUCCUUCCUGGAGGAUUACUUCACCGCCACAGAGCCGCAGUACCAGCCCGGAGAAAACCUGUGACCACACAUACGUGUAGGACAGUUGGAGCAAUAAACGGACAAAGAGAAAGAGAAUGACAGACACACGGGCAGACAUGGAUGUAUGCAAUGCAGAUACACUGUUCGGCAUGUCACAGUACAUGUGUAUGCCUUCAUUGUAUUUGUUGCACACAUACUGUAUACAUGCGCACACACACACACACACACACACACACACACACACACACACACACGCUAAGCUACAUAUCAUUGCCUAGUUUAGACAGUUUCCUCCUUUUGGUUAUUGAUCACUGCAGCCCAUUCAGGAUGGAUCAGUCAACCAUGUUGAGGAGCAGAGCCGGAGCUCUGCUCAUCAGGCCUUGCAGAAAUGUUGCUUCACUCUGUAACCAUGACAACAAGGAACUGAAAGAAGAUGUAGAUGGUUGUGUUGAGAUGGGGAGAAGUCGAGUGUGUACAUGAUUUGUUCAGCUGCCAUAUAUGUUCAGGUCCUAUUCAUUCCUGUUUCUAAGAAGAGCGAUUUACUCGGCCAACUGUUUGCCUGAGAUAAAUAUGUUGAUACAGAAAUUAUAGAAGGUGCAACAGGUUUCAGACAACAGUCGAUGAACCUUGUGAACCUGUGUGGUCGAUUAUGUACACAGACACUGUAACAUUUAUUAAGAUGCCUUCUCUUACAAUAAUUUUGCAAACAUAUAAAAAAGGCUGUUGAACUGAUCCAUCACCUGAAAGGGGAAACUGAUUUCAAACUUGCACCAACAUGUGCCUUAAAGUGGUCAAAUUAAGGGCUGUUUUAGAUUUUAAGUACCUUUAAUACUGUAUUAGUAAAGUCUGAGAGGAGAGAUAGUAAGGAAUGCUCUUUGUCUAAUAAUAUGUAUGACAAUUUUGUAUGUAACUGUCUCUCUUGCUGUUUUAAUUUAACGCAGAUAUAUCUGUGCAUGACAAAGACUUCUAUAUCUAGUUCAACUUGUAUACAGUUUUCAUCCAUUGGGAGGACAGGGUGACAUUUUACACAUAAAGAGGAAAGAUCAGUGUCAGUGGACUUUGGAAGGAUAGUAUUUUCAAUCUGUGAGUGUAACCUUUAUGUGAUUUUAUGAGAUUCCCCAUUUUAUUGUAAUAAAGAUCAAAUAUCUUGCAAGGGUUA